AACAAAAAGUAUAUCUAUUUUACACAAGAUACCAGUCACACCUCCGGUUCUAGGGUUUCGAAUUUUCACAUCUCAACCGAUGGCUGAAGUGACAACCAUGCCGGUGGACGAAAUCGACCGUGGUAGCAGCCGUGACCGGAAAGACGAUGGCGGCGUUGGUGACGGAAACGCCAAUGGCGACGGUGAAGACAACAACAAAUCCACCGCAACCGAAAAUCCUGAUGCAUCUCCUCCUCCACCACCACCACCGCCUCCUUCACGGCGCCAUGACCGAGAUUCUAGAGAGAGAAGAAACGAUGACAGAGACACUGAUCGUCCGCCUAAUCGCCGUUCCGAUUACUACGAACAUCGUAAUCGUUCUCCUACUGGUCCGGUUCAUAGAGAUUACAAACGGCGUGCUUCUAGCCCUAUCUCUCCUCCGCCUCCGUACCGUGACCGCCGUGGUGGUGGUGGUCACUCUCCUCCGAGAAGGUCGCCUCCGUAUCACUCGUUUAAGAGAUCUCGUAGAGAUGACGGUGGUUAUGACGGUCGUCGGGGAAGUCCUCGUGGAGGUUUUGGACAUGGUGAUAGAAGGUUUGGAUAUGAUUACCCUGGUGGCUAUGAUCGUGAUAUGGGCGGCAGGCCUGGCUAUCCUGAUGAUAGGCCUCGUGGAAGGUAUGGUGGCCGUGGAUACCAAGGUGGUCCGUCUGAUUGGGAGUCAGCUCGUGGAAACUACAAUGAUCAUGCCAAUACACAUAGAGAAGGGUUGAUGUCUUAUAAGCAGUUCAUUCAGGAGCUUGAAGAUGAUGUUCUGCCAUCAGAAGCUGAACGAAGAUAUCAAGAAUACAAGUCAGAAUAUAUAUCAACUCAGAAACGAGCUUAUUUUGAUGCCCAUAAAGGCGAAGAUUGGUUGAAAGAUAAAUAUCACCCUACGAAUCUCCUUGCUGUUAUUGAAAGGAGAAAUGAAUCUGCACGAAAGCUGGCUAAGGAAUUCUUGCUCGACUUGCAAAACGGGUCUUUAGAUUUAGGACCCAGCGUCACUGCUUCAACGUUAAACAAGUCAGGGAAAACAAGUAAUCCCAAUUCUGAAGAUGAAUCCGAUUUUGGCGGCAAAAACAGACGUCGCGUUUCAAAAGACACCGAUUCAUUUUCAGCAGCCCCGAAAGCUCAUCCAAUCAGUUCUGAACACCGGCGGAUUCAAACCGACAUCGAGCAAACACAAGCACUUGUUAAGAAACUCGACCUUGAAAAAGGGAUAGACGAUAAUAUCUUAUCUAGGGCUGAUAACGAAAGAUCACACCGGGAUAAGUCUCACGGUGGGUCCAGUGGUCCAGUUGUAAUUAUACGUGGGUCAACAUCGGUCAAAGGUCUCGAAGGUGUUGAGUUACUCGAUACGCUCAUUACUUACCUCUGGCGGGUUCACGGACUAGAUUAUUACGGAAUGUCAGAAAAAACCGACGCUAAGGGUUUCCGCCAUGUGAGGGCUGAAUCUAAAAAUGCCGAUGCGAAAAACAACGGGAGCGAGUGGGAAAAGAAGUUAGAUACGCGUUGGCAGGAAAGGUUGAAAAGUCAAGAUCCGUUGGAGAUAAUGACCGCAAAGGAAAAGAUCGAUGCUGCUGCAGCUGAGUCUUUGGAUCCGUACGUUAGAAAAAUUCGCGAUGAAAAGUACGGUUGGAAGUACGGUUGUGGGGCCAAGGGUUGCACGAAGCUGUUUCAUGCUGCUGAGUUUGUUCAUAAACAUUUAAAGCUGAAACACCCUGAACUUUCAAUGGAGGCGACUUCUAAAGUUCGUGAAGAUCUGUAUUUCCAAAACUAUAUGAACGAUGAGGAUGCACCUGGUGGGAUACCUAUUAUGCAGCCGUCAUUACUGAGGGAUAGGCCCCAAAGGCAUAGGCCUGGUAUUGGUGCCCGGUUGAAAGAUAACCGCAGGGAACCUGAUGGCAGAAACAACGGCGGUGAAAGAUUCGACAGGGGUGAGAAUCCCGAGAACGAUGGUGGUGAUGACGAUCAGAUGUUCGACUCUUUCGGUGGUCAAGGCCUUCACGCACCAUUCCCUUCAGACAUUCCUCCGCCACCUGUAUUAAUGCCUGUACCUGGUGCUGGCCCAUUGGGACCUUUUGUCCCUGCUCCCCCUGAAGUUGCAAUGCGGAUGUUGCGAGACCAAGGUGGGCCCUCCCCUUUUGAAGGAGGUGGUAGAAAUGGGCGGAGUGGGCCCCAGAUGAGUGGUCCCGCUCCAAUAAUUGCUUUACCUCCGUCAUUCAGACAGGAUCCUCGUCGUUUACGAAGCUAUCAAGACCUUGAUGCUCCAGAGGAUGAGGUCACUGUCAUAGAUUACAGGAGCCUGUAGACUCUUCUUUAAAGGAGUAAAAGGAGCAUAGCCCGGUCUGAACCAUACCCGGUCCAAUGCUCGCUAAAGCAGUCUUUAGUUUCUGAAAAUGACUCAAAGCUAUUGACCUACUUUCGUUCUCAUCAUUUACCACCAUUGCAAAACCAGAAAAAUGACGAACGAAAAGGUAUUUAUUUUUUCGUUUCGGUAAUUUGGCAAUGGAAUCAUAUUAGUGGAUGUAAAAUUUGGUUUUUUCAGACCCUUUAUCUUGAAAAUGAUGUCAUGCUAUUUUUUAAUUGUUUUUGCAAAACCAGAAAAAUGAUGUCAUGCACCAUUGAUUGAUGAAUGUGACAUUUGACAAUACUAUGUGUUACUUAUAAAUCAUGUACGUUUUUCCUACA